CUUUUCGUAAAGCAGAAUCAUUUUCCCAGAAUCUAACACCUUGUUUUCUCUUCUUCUCUCUUCAGAAGGAAAAUGGCGGCUAAUUUUAUAACUCAAGCAUCUCUGGUUCAACCAAACCCUUCCCUUCAUGCUAAAACCCUUCAAAACCCAUCUCUGUCUCGCCUCUCCAAGCUCUCUCCUUCAUCAAGUUUUUGUUUUUUGCCGAAAAACAGAACUUUGGCUGUUGGAAAACUGUUAUUGGCAUCGGCUGUAUCCGACUCAAAAUCUUCAGUUUUGGAAGAUAAGAAAAACAACAAGAACCCCAUUAUCGUCAUUGACAAUUAUGAUAGUUUCACCUACAAUCUUUGCCAGUACAUGGGAGAGCUUGGAUGUCACUUUGAGGUUUAUCGAAAUGAUGAGUUGACUGUAGAAGAUUUGAAAAGGAAAAACCCUAGGGGUGUGCUAAUCUCCCCUGGUCCAGGAACACCCCAAGAUUCUGGAAUAUCCUUGCAAACAGUUUUGGAACUUGGACCUCUUGUACCUUUAUUUGGUGUUUGUAUGGGUUUGCAGUGCAUUGGUGAGGCUUUCGGAGGAAAGAUAGUCCGUUCUCCCUACGGUGUCAUGCAUGGCAAAAGUUCUCCCGUGUAUUAUGAUGAGAAGGGCGAAGAUGGGUUAUUCGCUGGAUUAUCAAACCCUUUCAAUGCCGGAAGAUAUCAUAGUCUUGUGAUUGAAAAGGAUAGUUUCCCCGACGAAGCACUCGAGGUUACUGCUUGGACAGAGGAUGGACUGAUUAUGGCUGCUCGCCACAAAGUCUAUAAGCAUGUUCAGGGCGUACAAUUCCAUCCAGAGAGCAUCAUAACAUCCGAAGGCAAAACAAUUGUUCGCAACUUCAUCAAACUGGUAGAGCGAAAAGAGGCCGCUGAAUCCCUCACUUAGAGGUCAUGUACUGGACAGAAUUCCUUGAGGCGUAUAUGUCAAGCAUCAGUAAGUUGCUGAUUCAUCCUUUUCUUUGAUGAUCAUGUAUGUGUUCUCGUAGGACGGUAAAUUCUUCCUUGGCUCAUGUCGGAAUAUGUAUCGGAUUAUGAUACCGGACACAUAUACCUUAAGAAAAAUGAAAAGUUUGAUAC